AAAAAAAUGUACUUCCCCAUUUUGUGACAGCCCAGUCCAUUGUUCAGUUAUAACAAGUUGGAAUAAAAGCUGUCAAAUUUCAUUAUUGUGAAAGAAAAGUAACUAAUUUUGAUAAAUUAUUUUACUCUGUCUGAUGUACAUUCUUAGGAAGUCUGGAGGAAAAGUCCUGAAGAAAAGGCGGGAGAACGUAUUUCUGGGGACGAAAGAAAAGCACGAAGUUACGUUUAAGAACUGGGAAGUGACAAUUUCAGUAAUUACACAAUUUUAUUUUCAAAAUGGGUCCGUUGUAAUAGUGUUGAUUCAUAUUUUAUAGAUUUAAAUUAAAAUGGCACAAAAAUCCAUUACAUCGUUUUUUAAAGUGAAACCGCCUCUUAAAACUGAUGUGCCAGAUGAAGAGGUUUCUGACAGUGGCAUCAGGUUGGAUGUUAAGUAGAUCAAGUAAUAUGAUUUAUCGGAAUUUGGCAUGGUCUCCAAUACACUUUAUUUCUGCCAGCAAAAAGAACGGUCUUGAUGUUGGAGAUUCACCUGUGAAACGUGCAAGAAGGUCUAAACGUGCCAGAAUAGACAGUGAUUCAGAUGACAGUAUCAUUGGAGAUGCCAGUAAACAACAUACUAAAAAAUUGUCGGUAUCACCCAUCAACAAGAAAGAGGAGUCCUCUGUUGAGCAUGAAGCUGAAGUACCUGAGGAAACUAAGCCUAGUAGUCCAUUGUCGAUCAUCUCCGUCCAGCGCCCCACAAAGGUAAAUGAUGAAGCAAAGACUGUUAAAAAGGAGCCUGAAUUAAAACCUGACUCAGCUAGUCCUGAAAAAAAAAGUUCAAAGCCGAAGCCUAAGAAGCUUAAUCAGUUUUUUAUUGUCCAGAAGGCAGAUGAAGUAGACGAUAGCAAAACUCAGAAUGGUACCUGCGUGUCUCCUGCUGCCUUUGAUCCAUCUAAAGUGAAGUAUCACCCUCUAAAGGAUGCCUGCUGGGAAAGUGGGAAACGGGUACCCUAUUUGGCUCUGUCCCGGACUCUGGAAGCUAUUGAGUCCCUGAGCAGUCGGCUGCGCACUGUGGAGACACUUGCAAACUACUUCCGGUCUGUCAUACUUCUAUCACCUGAUGAUUUGCUGCCAAGUGUCUACUUGUGCCUGAAUCGGCUAGCACCAGCUUACGAAGGUCUAGAGUUAGGAAUUGCAGAAACCACGUUGAUGAAGGCUAUUGCUCAGAGUACUGGUCGAACACUGGCUCAAGUAAAAGCAGAUGCUGCUGCUGCUGGUGAUCUAGGCAUUGUGGCAGAGCAAAGCAAGGGUGCACAGCGUACCAUGUUCCAACCUGCAGCACUCACUGUUUUCACUGUCUUUUCAAAGCUGAAGGAUAUUGCCCAAAUGACUGGCAGAGAGGCUAUGAGCAAAAAAGCAGAUCGUAUCCAGGCAUUGCUGGUGGCAUGCCGCCAUUCGGAGGCUCGCUUCUUGAUACGGUCUUUGGCAGGCAAGCUACGUGUAGGACUUGCUGAGCAAUCUGUUCUGCAGGCAUUGGGCCAGGCGUGUGCUCUGACACCUCCAGAGAAGCCUAACACAGUCAACGCUUGCAAGGACAUGAAUCCAGAUGCUGUAAAAGCUUGUGUGGACCAGAAUGCCCUCAUCAUCAAGACCACUUAUUGUGAAUGUCCAAAUUAUGACAAAAUAAUCCCUGUACUCCUCAAAGAAGGUGUGAAGGCUCUUCCUGAGAAAUGUCGUCUCUCCCCUGGCAUUCCUCUCAAACCAAUGCUGGCCCAUCCAACAAAAGGGGUCCAAGAAGUGUUGACCCGAUUUGAUGGUGUCAGGUUCACUUGUGAAUGGAAGUAUGAUGGAGAACGGGCACAGAUUCAUUUGGCUGAAGAUGGUUCCAUCAGUAUCUUCAGUCGCAAUCAAGAGAACAAUACCAGUAAAUAUCCUGACAUCACGGCAUCUCUCCGUCAAGCACUGAGUCCAAGCGUUAAGACUUGCAUUCUGGACACAGAAGCAGUCGCCUGGGACAGACAGAAUUCACAGAUUCUUCCAUUUCAGAUCUUGAGCACACGUAAACGAAAGGAUGCAUCGGAGGAAGACAUAAAAGUUCGUGUUUGCAUCUUCAUGUUUGACCUUUUGUACCUGAAUGGGGAGUCAUUGGUACGCCAACCACUGGCUGAACGUCGUGCUCUCUUACGCCAACAUUUUGUGGAGGUAGAAGGAGAGUUCACAUUUGCUACCAGUCUGGAUACAGACGUAAUAGAAGAGGUCCAAGAAUUCUUAGAAACCUCAGUCAAAGGAAAUUGUGAGGGACUGAUGGUAAAAACACUGGACAAGGAUGCUACAUAUGAAAUUGCCAAGCGCUCCAGAAACUGGCUGAAAUUGAAAAAAGAUUAUUUGGAAGGCGUGGGUGACACUUUAGAUGUCGUGGUACUAGGGGGCUAUCUGGGUCGAGGGAAACGAACUGGUGUGUAUGGUGGCUUUCUUAUUGGGUGCUAUGACCAACAGUCAGAAGAAUAUCAGACACUCUGCAAGUUGGGCACUGGAUUUUCAGAAGAGGCUCUGCAGCGCCAUACUGAUUUUUUCAAACAACAUGUCCUCGACAGCCCACGGCCAUAUUAUCGAUUUGAUUCCUCCUUGGAGCCAGACCAUUGGUUUGAUGCUGUUCAAGUCUGGGAAAUAAAAUGCGCUGAUUUGUCACUAUCUCCUGUCCAUCGUGCUGCACAAGGCUUGGUAGAUCCAGAAAAAGGAAUAUCAUUGAGAUUUCCACGAUUUCUGCGAGUAAGAGAUGAUAAGUCAGUGGAAGAUGCAACCAGUGCAGAACAGAUUGCAGAAAUGUUCCGCAGCCAGGAGCAGAUCAAGAAUCAACAAGGAGGAGCCAAUGCUAAAGAAGAAGAUUUCUAUUAAGAACAAUUUUUAAAUGAGUUGUACAAAUUUCUUUUAAUCAUAUCCAAAAUACCUAAUUUUUAAAAUUUGCGCCUAGAACUUGUAAUGAAAUAAACACUUGAUUUUUCCCAAAA